CCGUUUUUUUCAGAUUUAGAUCUUUGGAUAAGAAUAAUAGACCAAGCGAUUAGAAUCGGAAGAAGAGGCGAUGGGGAGUUUUCGGUAUUGCGGCGUGCCGAGUCAGGGGAAGAUCCAAGAAGGGUCUGAGUAUCAUGUGAUUGAAGCAGGAAGAUGGGAGGUGGCUGUGGAGGUGGACGGGGGGAAGCUCCGGUUCUUUGUCGACGAAGAAGGCUCGCAACGAUGGAACAUCCUCAACGACUCGCCUCAUCCGGUUUUCUUUCGCCUCCAACUCUUCACACCUGAUCAGCCGAAAAAAAACACUCUCUCACAAAACAGUCUUCACCUUGCUGAUGAUGAUAAUGGCCAAAAGAUCCUAGUCGAUCAGGGGCGAAUCAAGCCUACCCAUUCCCGCCGCUUGAGCUUCAAGAUUAACGAAUCCAUCGUGCUCCAGUUCGCACUCGAGAGAACCGCUGGCGAAGCAGGCAUCCUCCAAUCAUCCCAGGCGUGGCUUACAAACCUCUUCAAGAAUUAA